AUGAUGGGCAAGGGAAUGAGGAUAGGAGUGUUGGCAUUGGUUUGGAUUUGUGUCUUAGGGGGGAGUUUGGUUCUUGCUAGAGAUUUAAAAAAUGAGGAUGAGAAGUUUUUUUGGAUGGGUAAGGGAGGCGGAUUUGGUGGAGGCAUGGGUAAGGGUGGUGUGUUUGGCAAAGGCGGUGGAGUUGGUAGUGGUGUUGGAGGAGGGUUUGGUAAGGGUGGAGGCAUAGGAGGUGGAUUUGGAAAAGGUGAUGGUAUUGGUAGCGGCAUUGGAGGUGGAUUUGGAAAAGGUGGCGGCAUUGGAGGAGGGUUUGGUAAAGGUGGUGGCUUUGGAAAAGGUGGCGGCAUUGGAGGAGGAUUUGGAAAAGUUGGUGGCUUUGGAGGUGGAUUUGGAAAAGUUGGUGGCUUUGGUAGCGGCUUUGGAGAAGGAUUUGGAAAAGGUGGUGGUAUUGGUAGCGGCAUUGGAGGUGGAUUUGGAAAGGGAGGUGGAUUUGGAAAGGGAGGUGGAUUUGGAAAAGGUGGUGGCAUUGGUAGUGGCUUUGGAGGAGGAUUUGGAAAGGGUGGCGGCUUUGGAAAGAGUGGUUGGAUUGGAGGAGGGAUAAGCAAAGGCGGAGGAGGAUAUACAAGGGGUGGAGAUUGUAUCAGCAAAGGUGGGAGCAUUGGUGGUGGCGUAGGCGAAGGAUUUGGUAAAGGUGGUGGCAUUGGCGGAGGAUUUGGUGGAGUUGUUGGAGGAGGAUUCGCUAAAGGUUAUAAUGGCAUUGGAGGUGGUAUUGGCAAAGGCGGUGGCAUUGGUGGAGGAUUCGGUAAAGGCGGUGGCAUUGGGGGAGGAGUUGGCGGAGACUUUGGCAAAGUUGGUGGAUUUGGAGGUGGAAUAAUUGGAGGACAUCACUAA